CGUUUUCGACCUCGACGAGCGGAGCGCGGCGGGAAGGCGCAAAGGACGCGUUGGAGGAUUUGGGGCGUUUGCAUCUAACGUUCCUGGAAGGCAAGAGGUUGGACAGAGGGUUUGUUUUUGUUUUUCCAAUGUGAGCCACCCAACCCGAGCAAGCAAAGAGGCAAAAGCUACAGUUGCUGACUCGUACGGAAUGAAGAAGUUGAAAUAAUAUUUUACAAACUAUGCUGGUUGGGUUUCCUUAUUGUGCAAACCUGCGAGGAGAUUGUGAUACAGAUGCAAGACUUUGGGAGAAAGUAUAUUAAAGCCUUUUUGAAAGGUUUUUUUGUUGCUGUUCCUGUGACUGUCACUUUCCUCGACAGAGUGGCUUGUAUAGCGAGAGUAGAAGGGACUUCAAUGCAGCCUUCACUGAAUCCAGUGGAACAGCAAGUAUCUGAUAUAGUGCUUUUAAAUCAUUGGAGUAUUCGGAAUUAUGAAGUACAACGUGGAGACAUAGUUUCACUUGUGUCUCCAAGAAACCCCGAACAGAAGAUUGUUAAACGAGUGAUUGCUCUUGAAGGGGACAUCAUCAAAACCAUAGGCUAUAAAAAGAAAUAUGUGAAAAUUCCACAUGGCCAUAUAUGGGUAGAAGGCGAUCAUCAUGGGCACAGCUUUGACAGCAAUGCUUUUGGUCCGACCCUAACAGCCUCCAGACACUGGCACAUCACUUCUACAGCUGGCUGAAGAACUCUGGGAGUUGAAGUCCACAAGUCUUAAAGUUGCCAAGGUUGGAGACCACUGAUGUAGAAGAAAAAUAUAUGAUGCAGUGAGGAAUUUUCUUAGAAGAGAAGUGGAUCUUCAUAAUUUCUUUCCAACCAUCUGUUGAAUUGAAAAAAUAAUGACAAAAAAGUGAAAUGAACAUUAGAGAGAGGUAAUGGUACUGGGAGGGAAACAAAAAACGAAGGGAGAAAAACAUUUGAUGGGAAGUAAAGGGCAAAAAGUAACCUAACAAGGGUGAAAAGAAACACCAUUUUUGUAGUAAUGUAAGCAAAAAGUAAUAAAUACUUACAUGCAGCAAAAUCUCUUGGUGAUUAUUAGAAUUAAAACCCUACUUUACAAAUAUUAUUUAACACUGGAUUGUUUUAGCUUCAUUGUCCAAAACAGAAGUCCCUCCCUCUCACUUGCUCACGCUCACAUUUAAUUUUUUUUCUCUUAUGCGCUUCUGCAGCUACUAAGGUGGGAGGAGGGUCCAUUGCGUAUAGAUAAGCAGGGCAGGCAAUCAGGCAGGGAGGUCCAACGGGGCAACCACCAGGGCUCUUAAAGGCUAAUUGGAUGGUGGCCAUGAAUUUAAGAAAACUGGUCAUGGAUCGGACCUUGUGAAUGUUAAUCUGUGGCCAAACUAUGCUUGCAAAACCUGACAUCUCUCCUGCUAGGCACACGAACACACGUUGCAUGUACAAUUGGGGAAGACGGAGUAAGCUUUUCUAUAAUCCGCAGCACGAUGGCACCCCCUCUUUGCUCAGUCUGAGAUACGCUGCUGGACAGGAUGGAAGGGGCAGAGGAGUGGGGAGGGGAGUCUGGCUGCUGAGGAUAGGACGAUCCACUGACGGAUAGACUGGAGUUGGUGGCCCCCAACUGGCUUUAGCAAGUAUGACUUCUCACCACCAUCUGCUAUUUUUUUUAAUAAGUGUUUUAUUUAAAAAAACAAAACAAAAUUUAAAAAGUAUUA